AUGCUAAAGCUCACGCUGUUGGUUUCAUCCGUUUGGUUUCCAACAAUACUAAUCAAAUCCGGUGUUAUACGAUUACCGCACAUACCGACCACACGAUCCACCACCACCCAUCGUAUCACUUCUACGCCCGCUAAUCAGACUGAUCAAACAAAUACACUGAUCCAUAGUGAUCAUAUUUCUACUCAUUGCAGGAACAAACGCCACUAUGCCAGCAAAGCAGAAGAACGAAAGCGUUGGAAGAUCUUUCGGGAUAAUCUGCAUUAUAUCGAACGCCUUAAUGCCAAUCACACCAUUCAGAGCUAUUACAACAGCAAUAAUAUUGAUAGCGAUUCAAAUACUAGUAAUCAAACGACGGCCAUAUUCGGUAUCACAAAAUUUGCUGACUGUACCGAUAAAGAACUCGAACAGAUGGCGAUGAAACUCCCGAAGCAAUACCACGAUGAUUCAGUGGCACUAGCAUUCGCCGAAGAGGUCGGUGCACCGCUACCCGUUGACUUUGAUUGGCGUUCUCGAUCAGUGGUGACUCCGGUUCGAGAUCAAGACAAAUGCAAUUCGUGUUGGGCGUUCGCUGCCGUGGCCGUGAUUGAAACAUUUUGGGCGAUCAAAACUGGCCAAAUGCAAGAUUUGUCAGAGCAGGAGCUGAUCGAUUGCGAUAUCAAUAGUGACGGAUGUCGAUAUGGCUAUCCGGCAACUGCCUAUUUGGUUGCCGAACGUAAGGGUAUGCUCCACGAGAGUAAAUUGCCCUAUAUGGAUUCCAGAGGACCAGAGUGUCCUAAACAAAACGGUUCCGUAUUCGUCAAAUCCAUCCAAAAGAUCAAAUCGAACGCCCACGCAAUCGCCGACUAUGUCUACAACUAUGGACCUGUUUCAGUGAAUUUUCGAGUGACCAUGCCAUUUUAUCACUACACGGUGGGCAUAUUUCGGCCCAGCCCAGACGAGUGCAAUCGCUCGAAUCGAUACCACGUGAUGACCAUUGUUGGGUUUGGACAAGUGGCCGAUCAGCCGUAUUGGAUCCUCAAAAACAGUUGGGGCACAAAUUGGGGUGAUGAAGGAUAUAUUCGCUUUGCUAAAGGCGAAAACGCGUGUGGCAUUGAAGAUUUUCCAUAUUCUAUACAAUUAUAG